AUUAGCAUAGACCAUACACUUAAUGGAGACUGACAAUGAAUUGUUUAAUAAUUUGUUCACUCAUUGUGCUUAUUGCAACGUUAAAGAGCGGCGUUUUGUCAAAGGGUUAUGCAAAAAUACCAUUUCGAAAGUACGAAUUCUUAGGAAACCAGCAUGAACAAAGAAGACACGUUCUCGAUUCUGAGAAUCUGCGCAGAAAUGGAAAGAUAGAAAGAGUUCAAUCCAGAGACACUCUGUUGUAUGACCCGGUAUUUAAAAACCACACUGCCCUGGCUGAUUUCUUGAACAAAUACGAUGAUGAGAAGGAAAGGGAUUUUGAAAUGAACAUAGAUGGAUCGCAACCACGAAGUAGAGUGUCAAGCGAUGCAACAUGCACAGGAUUGUGUAAGACGUCAAUUUGUCCUUGGACAGUGGAAGUAGAUACGGAUACAAAUAGGAUUCCAGAGAAUAUUCAAUAUGCAAGAUGUCUGUCUGACAAAUGUCAUUUUCCUGGAAUAUCACCAUGGUUUAUAUAUAGACUAGAAAUGGAAACACAAUGCGAAACAUUCAGGAAAGAUAUCUAUGUAUCAAUAAACGGAAAAGGAAAGUGGAUUGAAAAUUGGCCGGUAGCAUGCAUUUGCGCUAGUGCCAAAACAAAGAAGCACAACUUUGGGGCAUCAUUGAAAAAGAAACAAACUAACGCAAAGACUAAUUUGGUGGUCCAACCUCUAUUGAAAGAUAAUGUUAUCGCUGACAAAGAAAGUCAAACAGCAUCAAAGCGGGGAAUGCAACAGAGAUUAAACGCAAAUGCAUUCGUCAAAGUGAUUGAAAAAGUCAAUUAUGGAAUAGAAAAGAAAAGAAAACUCAUAAAUACUUGAUAGAUCCUAGGUGGCUCUAAUCAAUUAAAAACUAUAAUAUUUUAUUAUAUAUAUCAUUCAUAUUGAACGAAGAGACAUCCUUAAAACAUGCGAAAUAAACUUUUCAUCGCACUUGAAAAUACGGUUAGAAUAUAAUUUAUAAUUUUUUUUAAGUUAAAUUUAAAUCUAAGGUUCAUGUAUUGACAAAAGGCAAGCUCAGAAGGUCCGGGAAAUUAUCUUCUUCUUAGUUAUCGUUACUUAAUCGAUGAGUGCCCAUUCGUUUCACAUCCUUAAGCAAUCGUCAGAAUUAGAUUUAUCAUUACACAGAUCUAACAAGAGGAAGGAGACAACUGGUUAAAUCAAUUACAGAUACUAAAUCAGACCAUCUUAUGACGUCAUAUAGUUAAAAUUAUUAAUACAUGUACAAAUGUACUGUAUUUGUAACAUGCAUGUACAAAAUAGCCUUGACAUAAAGAUAUAGCGACAAUGUGUUUGCAAUUUACAUGUCUUUUUAAUCUUUUAUGUAAUGAGUUGAAAUUUCGGCUGAAAAUCACCCAUGUAAUUAAAGAUAGUUUCAAUUCUCACAGAGAGAGAAAUGCAAAUAAAUUUACUUUACAUUUUGAGGGAAUAAACUCUAUAUUAUAGCUGUUUACUCCAAUGUACCCCAAAUUAAAUGAAGUGAGUGAAUUUAUGAAUAACUGAAAAUACUUUCAAAAUCGAGAGUACAAUGAAUAUAUGAAUAAUGAAAAUAUUUUUAUAGUUGAGUGUACAAGAUUAUGCGCCAGAUAUUUUACAACAGAAAGAGACAUAAUUUACCCAAAAAAUAUUUUAUUUCAUUUGUAAUACAGAAAACGAUAGUGAUUUUUCAGUUGUUGUAUUUCAUCAAUGGCCACGCGACUUCACAAAACCUGUUUGCUACAUGUUAAAAAUGUUAUAGAAACAUUUAGACAAUUGCAUCCCAAAGGAUACACAAGAAGAUAGCUUAAAUUAUAAUGCAGAUAAUGUGUCAGACGACUUUAAUAUAUUGUUUCAUAUUAAGUAAAAUAGAAGUUGAGAUAAGCUUUUUGUAACGUUCUAUAUAAAAGUGUAAAAAUAUUGUUAAGUAUUUUAUUCAAAUUAUAUAUAAGAAACAAAUAAAUGUUUGUGUUUAU